UUUUACUGGCCCAGCCACCACAAAGCCAAACAUCAAACAUCAAAGCCGUUUUGUUCAGCCUCCUUCUCGCCGCCUCACCCUCACACUCUCGCCGCCUAGCCUCACUAUCACUCUCGUCCAUUCUCGAGCUGUUCAUUGUUUCAAUUGCUCGUAAGCUUGUUAAUUAAUCUUCCAACAAUGGAGAAAAACGAUCGGGAAUGCAAUAAUAAUCACGAAGAGAAGAAGAAACGAACGAUAAUGAUGAAGAAUAAGAAGAGGAACAUUUCGAGGUUAGGUGGAAGGGGCCUUUCGCUUGAUGUUUUCGCAAAUGCCAAAUCUAACAACAGUCGAUACAAUCCUGCUCUUAUAAAGAAGCAAAGAGAGUUCAACAAGAAUGCUAAGCAUGUGCAGAAGUUUAAGAAGUUGCUAAAGCAGCAAAACCAGCAGAAUGAACCCUCUGUGGCCCAGAGACAUAUUGAGAGUUUGAAUGAAACUGGAGGGGACAAGGACAAUAAUGAGAGGAGGAAGAGGAAGAAGGACAGUGCUUUUAGUUUGGAAGAAUUAUACAAGAAGACACAUGAAGAAAAAGAGAAAGAACGAAUGGAGAAAGAAGCAUUUUUCAAGGAGAAGAAGGAACAGAGAGAAAAAGCCGAAGCUCGCAGAAAAGGUAUACGCGAAAAAAUGCUUAAGAAGACACGGAAAGGACAGCCUGUUAUGAAAUACAGAAUUGAACAUCUUUUGGAGACUAUUCAAGGCUCAACUAAAAAUGCAGCUGGCAACAAUUCCUGACUACUGGAGUAGGGAAGGGAACAUCAACAUCCCUUGAAUUUUAUCAGGAUGAUACUGUUUUCACGCAGCUGUUAUUCAUCAGAAGUCUGUUGCCGACAUUGAGUUACUGUCUUCAUCAGUGUCGUGGUUGUAUCAAAUUUUGUACCUAAGCUGAUAUCAGUAAUUGUUGCAAUCUCCAUACAGUGUGCGUAACUGUGUAUAAGGUUUUUGUGCUAUAUAGGAACAGUUCAGGAUUGAGGUCAAUGACAUUUAUAUUGUAAACUUUCUGUUGUUAGUUGAGUACUCAAUGUGCAACUAGUCGUUCUGUACUAUUCAAUAUAAACAACAUUCAAAGAGACAAGAAAGGUAUGAUGAUAGCUGCAUCGAAGUUUUCUUUCUUGGAUCUCACGUGUGAGUUUAUAAUAAAAAUUUCACUGGUAAUUUCAA